AUGAUCUCCCAGUUCUGUUUGGUGUCCGCAGUUCUGGCAUCUCUUCGUGCUCUUGGCGGCGGUCUGGGGCCCAGUUGGGGCCCAGCAAGUUGGGUGGAAGGCUGUUCUGCCAUGCUACUGGAGAUCUCUGGCUGCCCAGUGUCCUUCCAGAAAUGCUGCCGCGGCCCCUUGAAAGCCUUGCUGGACUAUGACGAAGGUCUCUACUGGCAGGUGGCGAAGCAUUUGGGCGUCGGCAUUAAGGUUUGGAGUGGUAGGAUACGACCUCCUGAUCAGGAGGCGACGGCAGUGGUUGCAGUGGAAUGGUUUUGGAGGGACGGCAGACAAAGCUCUGCACGUGUCUGCGCCAAAGUUGCGCAGCUGCGCGUUCCCAUGUUUCAGGCCUCAAGCUCCAAACGGGGCGAGUCGCGAGACGAGUUGGUGAACGACAAAGAUAAGCUGCUCAGAGGAGGAGCAACCCCCGGCGACGGCCGCACUCAGGAAGAUCAAGGUCAGCUUGUGCAUCUGACGGGCGCGCGGUCCCUGCUGUCCCUUUGGAUCUUAGCGGAUCAUUUCGCGCAUCGCGCCAGCGUCUUUACGGACAGGGCCAAUGUGGCGGUGAACUCUUUCAUCAUGAUGAGUGGCUUUGUGACACAAUGGGCCUACGGUUCCAGAGACCUUUCGCGAUGUGGCCCAGUGGCGCAGUUCCUGGUGAG